GACCGGAAAACUCCUCCCUUCCUGUGCCCUGGUGGCAUGGCCCGUGUCCCCGCAGAUGCUGUGACAGCCAUGUCGGACGAGAAGCCCCCGCAGCUCGUGGAUUACUUCGUGGUGGCCGGGCUGGCGGAGGCGUCGCGGGCGCUGGAGGAGGAGCAGCAGCCGCGGCCGGCGCGGCCCGGGGAGCCCAUCACGGACGUGGCCGUGAUCAUCCGCUCGCAGGGCGAGGAGGUGCCCCAGGGCUUCACGUGCAUCGAGACCAGCACGUCGGGACAUCCCGUGGAGCUCAACGCGGGGCUGCUCAACAACCCCCAGAUGUUCCUGUGCUACAAACGCGGGAGGGACAAACCCCCCCUGAUCGAGCUGGGGGUUCACUAUGAGGGCAAGGACCGCCCCAAGCCGGGCUACCAGAUCCUGGACACCACCCCCUACAGCCGCUCGGCCAACCUGGCCGCGGGCUCCCCGGGCCACCAGCGCACCUUCCUGACGUUCCGGCGUGCGGCCGAGCCCCCGGGCCACCACACGCUGGGGGUCACCGACAUCUGCCUGGUGAUCCCCAGCAAGGGCGAGAGCACCCCCCACACCUUCUGCCGCGUGGACAAGAACCUCAACACCAGCAUGUGGGGCCCCGCGUUGUUCCUGUGCUACAAGAUCGCCGUGGCCAAGGACAACACGCUGGUCUACGAGGCAGGGCUGCUGAGCCGCUACCCCGAGCAGGACAGCGAGUCCUUCCCACUGCCUGAGUCAGUGCCCGUGUUCUGCCUGCCCAUGGGGGCCACCAUCGAGAGCUGGCCCGUGGGCACCAAGUACCCCCUGCCCGUCUUCUCCACCUUCGUCCUCACCGGCGCCUCGGGGGACAAGGUGUACGGCGCUGCCAUCCAAUUCCACGAGGCGUUCCCGCGGGAGCGGCUGUCGGAGGCGCAGGCGCUGCGCCUGGGGCUGCUCAGCGUGGUGGACCGGCGGCCGGUGCCCGGGCGCUCCCUGCACACCCGCAAGAGCAUCUGCGUGCUGUCGCACUGGCCUUUCUUCGACGUCUUCCGCAAGUUCCUCAUGUUCAUCUACCGCUACUCCAUCUCGGGCCCCCACGUGCUGCCCCUGGAGACGCACAUCUCGCACUUCAUGCACAACGUGCCCUUCCCGUCCCCGCAGCGCCCGCGGAUCCUGGUCCAGAUGUCCCCAUAUGACAGCCUGCUGCUGUGCCGGCCCGUGUCCUCCCCGCUGCCCCUCAGCGGGGCCAGUUUCCUGACGCUGCUGCAGAACCUGGGCCCUGACAACGCGGUGGCACUGCUGGUGGCCGUCCUGACCGAGCAGAAGCUGCUCAUCCACUCCCUGCGCCCCGACGUCCUGACCAGCGUGGGCGAAGCCCUGGUGGCGAUGAUCUUCCCCCUGCGCUGGCAGUGCCCCUACAUCCCGCUGUGCCCGCUGGCGCUGGCUGACGUGCUGUGUGCCCCCGUGCCCUUCAUUGUAGGCAUCCACUCCAGCUACUUCGACCUCUACGAGCCCCCCCGCGACGUCAUCUUCGUCGACCUGGACACCAACACCAUUUUCCAGAGUGAGGAGAGGAAGCUGCUGUCGCCCCGUGCGCUGCCCCGCCGGCCCUGCAAGGUGCUGCUGGCCUCGCUGCACAGCCUGUCCCAGCAGCUGGAUGAGCUGCUGAGCGCGCCGGGCGAGGAGGAGCCCCCGGAGCUGGUGCUGAGCGACGCGGAGGCCGCGGGGGCUCGGCGGGCACAGCUGGAGCUGGAAGCUCGGGCGGCGUUCCUGCGUUUCAUGGCCUGCGCCCUGCGCGGGUACCGCUCCUUCCUGCGCCCCAUCGCGCCCGCGCCCGCCCCGGCCGGCCGUGAUGCCGGCAGCCUCUUCGCUCUCCAGGGGUUCCUGCGCUCCCGGGAGCGGGCGUACCAGCGUUUCUACGGGCAGCUGCUGCGCACGCAGCUCUUCACGCAGUUCAUCGAGGACUGCUCCUUCGCCAGCGACCGCGAGCCCUGCCUCGAGUUCUUCGACACCUGCGUGGACAAGGUGCAGGUGGACCUGGAGAAGCCCGAGGACACGCCCCUGAUGGAGCUGGACGACCCCCGGGGUGGGGAGCACACGGUGUUCAUCACCCCCCCGGAGCAGCCAGCGGGGCCGGAUGGGGCUGAGCCCCCCGCACGCUACAGGUAUGACGGGUUCCCCACGCUGCGCCCGGAGCUGUUGGAGCCCCCCCGGGACCCGCUGGUGGCCCAGCUGUGCCAGGCCCGGAGCAGCGCCCCGAGCAGCCCCGCCCCGCGCCGCACCAAGCAGGAGAUGAAGGUGGCCCAGCGGGUGGCCCAGAAGUCGUCGGCGGUGCCGGAGCUGUGGGCUCGGUGCCUGCUGGGUCACUGCUACGGGCUCUGGUUCCUGUACCUGCCCACCCACGUGCGCGCCGCCCCCGCCAAGCUCCGCGCCCUCCAGCUCGCCUACGACGUCCUGCGCAAGAUGGAGCAGCACAAGGUGGUGCUGCCCGACGAGGUGUGUUACCGGAUCCUGAUGCAGCUGUGCGGGCAGUACGGGGAGCCCGUGCUGUCCGUGCGCGUCCUGCUCGAGAUGAAACGCGCCGGCAUCGUCCCCAACACCGUCACCUACGGCUACUACAACAAGGCCGUGCUGGAGAGCAAGUGGCCGGCAGGGACACAAGGGGGGCGGCUGCGCUGGGCCAAGCUGCGGAACGUGGUGCUGGGGGCGGCGCAGUUCCGGCAGCCCCUGCGGCAGCGGCAGCGCCGGAGCGCGGCUGGAGACCCCCCAGGUGGCCAAGCCCCCCCCGCCCCUCGCCCCCCUCUGCAGCGCCAGACCACCUGGGCAGGUCGGAGCCUGCGGGACCCGGAGCCGGGCCCGUCCCCGCGCCUGGUGAAGAGCGGCAGCCUCAGUUUCCCCGGGAGCUCCCGGGGAGAGGGCGAGACCCGGGCGGGGGGGCCCCCCCUGCUCCCCGUGACCCCCACCCCGCCUCCCCCUCGCCCGCGGGGCCCCCCCGGCUCGGCCGACGGGAGCCUCUCGGACAUCGGCACGGACGAGAGCGGCGGGGACGAGCCCGGAGCGGGUCCCGGUGCCGGUACCGGUGCCGGUGCCGGGGGGGUGACCCCGCGCCGGGGGCUGGCGGCCAAGCUGCAGCAGCUGCUGUCGCCCGGCAAGCGGCCCCCCCCGCGCCCCGCAGAGUCCCCCCGGGAGCCCCCCGGGACACGCCGGGGGUCGGAGCAGAGGGACGGGGACCCCCCUUCACGCCGCAGCCCCGCAGAGACCCUGCUGCGACCCCGGGAGCGCCCCGAGUCCACGGCGUCAGAGAGCUCCGUGUCCCUGGGCAGUGAACUGGACCUGUCCGAUGCCUCGGGGGGCAGCACCGGGGCCCCCAAAUCCACAGAGCCCCCCAUGGAUGGGACAGCGGGGACGGAGCCCCCCGCCCUGGAGGUGCUGCUGUCCAGCUGCUCGCGCUGCCCGGGCUGUGCCGGGCUCGUGUUCGACGAGGAGCUCAUGGCGGGCUGGACCUCGGACGACUCCAACCUCAACACCUCCUGCCCCUUCUGCUCCCGCUCCUUCGUGCCCUUCCUGAGCAUCGAGAUCCGUGACUUCCGGCAGCCCCCCAGGUGGGACCCCCGGGACACCCCCCCCGACAGCCUCGGGGACCCCCGUCCUCUGUGGGGACACCCCAAUCGCGUGGCCUUCGCCUACCUGAGCCCGCUGGUGCUGCGCAAGGAGCUGGAGAGCCUGGUGGAGAACGAGGGCGGGGAGCUGCUGGCACGGCCCGAGCUCGUGGACAGCCACCCCAUCAUCUACUGGAACCUCGUGUGGUAUUUCCAGCGCCUGGCCCUGCCCAGCAACCUCCCCCUGCUGCUGCUGGGCUCCCAGCACGCCCCCCGCGACCCCCAGCCCCCCGAGCCCUCCCGGGUCCGUGUGAGGCUCCUGUGGGAUGUGCUGAGCCCCGACCCCGAGAGCUGCCCCCCACUCUACGUCCUGUGGAGGCUGCACAGUAACAUCCCCCCUCGGCUGCACCCCUGGGGACCCCCAGCUCCGCCGUUCUCGCUGACGUUCCUCGAGGCCCUGCUGAGCCACGUGGGGCUCAACGAGGUGCACAAAGCCAUUGGGCUCUUCCUGGACACCCUGGCGGCGCCCGGAGCCCCCCGGACCCUGCACAGGAGCAUCUACCGGGAGCUGCUGUUCCUGACGCUGGCGGCGCUGGGCCGGGAGCACACGGACAUCGCCGCCUUUGACCGCCGGUACCGCUCGGCGCUGGGCAAGCUCGGGGGGGCUCUGGGCCGGGACGAGCUGCGGCGGCGGCGGGCGCAGCCCCCCAGCGCCAAAGCCACCGACUGCCGCCGCACCUUCGGGGCCCCCCCCGAGUGCUGA